AUGAACAUGAACCUCGCCCCGCUUGAAUGGAAUCAGUACAUCGAACUCGUAAACACUUACGAUGAGUUUGGUACCCUCCAUUUCGAGAACACGCCUAACCAAUCCUCGCCACCGUACGUUUCUCCGGGCCUUGAUGCUGAUCCAAAUGGUGGCCAUAUGGCACUGGAUACUCAGAACCCUGAAAACACGGCUUUCCUUCACGUGCAGCUCCAAACUUGGCGCUGGAUCCAAAAAUUAGCCGCUCAACGUAACUCUUCGAGCAAACAUCAUCAACGCUAUCUUGUACGAAAGAUGGAUCACCUAGACAGUAUAAAAUGCGCACAGUGGAACGCCCAGCGAGUUGGUUCUGAAGGCGGGUACCUUGUAAUCCUUAAUCGCCAGGAUCAAUCCAUUGAUACAGCACCCAAGAUAUCGGCACUCCAUGAUAUCCUCAUCUUUGCAACCUUCUUACCCAUCUACGUCCAAACGGCAUUUGGGCAUUCUCGCGCUCACGUUCAAUUCAUCUAUGAAGCAAUAAUGCAACUUAUUAAAUGCCUUUUAUUUGCCUCUCGAGAAGACAUAAACACCAUCGCAGCCCAAUUUACCAGCGUACCGAAGGACACCCGAUCCUUAUAUAGGUUGUUUGAAUUAGACUCUCCAGAUCAGACAUAUAUACUAUGCUCAGUAUGCUUCUCACUCUAUUCACGCACUCUUCAUCCCAUGGUUGCGCCAAUCGAUUAUUCCCCCCGACAGCCGCUGCCUGACCCACCCGCUGGUUUCGAAUACCCGGCGUUACCUGAUAUUGAUACAAGGGAUUGGUUACAGUUUCAACGCAGACCAAAGUUUCCACACAACCAGCGCUGCACAUUCCAACUUACACCAGAUUCGAAGCCUUGUGGGGCGAGGCUUAUCAACCAUGCAUCUUCGUCAGGCAUCGCUCUACCCUCUGUUGGAGUAACGGAUACAGCUUUGGAACAAACAAGUAUUCUUUAUACGUACCGUAGCCUGGGAUUGUUUCUCAAGAGAGUCACAUCGACUCCACAAAUACUGACUCAUCUUGUUGAGAGUACGUCGCAACAGAUUGAUUUGGUAUCUGGGUCUAUGGACGACAUCAUGAAUUCGCCCGGCGUCCAAACACUCCGUAUGCCCAGCGGUGUGCCAUUCGUAGCACAGGUGCCAGGGGAGCUUCGUCUUUGCCUUGGGCUCUUUGUGGACUGGUACAAUGCCCGCCAAAAUAACCUCAGAGGAAGUGUGCAUAGUACAGGCGGAGUUUACAUUGUAAUUCUCAAUCUACCUCGACACCUACGAUUCCAGCAGCAAUAUAUGUAUGAACUAUUUAUUCCAGGACCACGGGAGCCAACAACGGAGCAGCUUAACAACCUCCUCUAUCCAAUUGUUGAAGAUUUGAACAUACUCUAUACCUUUGGGAUUGACAUUGACAAUAACGGAUAUACAAAGUGUCGAGCGAUGCUUGCACUAGUUACUGCUGAUCAGCUUGCUGCAAGAAAAAUUGGAGGUUAUGCGGGUGUUGGUCAUCGUUGGUUUUGCCCUCACUGUCGUCUUCCAAGAAGUCAGCUCACCAAUGAACUAGAAAGGAUUCGAUGGGCAAGAGGGGUCACUCAGGAAGCGUAUCAGCAGAUUACUCUAGCAUGGCGAGAUGCACCUAAUGAGAAGGCUCAACGAGCCAUCUUUGACCGUUAUGGCUUUCGAUACACAGAACUCAGCCGAUUACCUUAUUUCGAUGUUCGAAAGCAGAUUGUUAUUGAGCCAUUCCAUGCAAUACUCACUAAUAUUGCUCAACCGCACUGCCGGCAUCUCAUUGGAGAAAUCCGCGGCCUUCCCAGUACUGCAUAUCUCUUUGAUGACAGCCUGGACAGCGCACCAGAGGAACAGUUGGGGAGUGAUCACAAUAGUAGCGAAUCUAGCUCUGAAGCUGACAAUCAGGAUGACGGGGAGAAAGCACUGCCUGGCGAAAGCAUCCUUCACCAGCCCGAGUUCGCCAUUUCGGACUUAAAUCGCCUUUUCAGACAACGGCAGAAUCACCUUAUACAGCUUUACCGGCAAUGUGGGCUCCCAUGGUGGCAUCUCAAUUUCCAAGGAAAUCGUGUCACCAAACAGGAAAUAGUGUUCAAUUUAGCAAAAUGGAUGCUGGAUCAGGGAAAGCUAUUCACAGACCCAGAUCAGGGAUUUCUCUCAAAGAACAAUGCUCUUGUUCAACUUAGAGCCUGGCAUCCACCUGGGAUUAAAGGGGAAAGGCUAAAAGAACUAGACACAAUAUCACCCAAAUUGAACCCAAUUCUCAAGCAGGAACUUCGAGCAGAUCUUGCUCUUAUGGUCUUCCCAGCACAUCUUGCACAUGAUAAACCGCCAUCAAAUCUCGGGAGCAAGAGCCAUGGAACGUUGAAAGCUGCACAGUGGAGAAUAAUCUAUUGCUUUGGCUUGCUUGUGACUCUAGGCCGACACUGGGGAAAUGCCAAUGCACCCCAAGAACACCAAGAAUAUUUCCGACAUUUCAUCCACCUUGUCAUCAUUAUUCGAAUUGCUUACUCCCGUCAGCUAACUCAGUCUAUGAUUGCCAAUUUUCACCACCACUGCACCAAGUAUGUCCACGGAGUGCAAACCACGUUUCCUCAAGACUUUAUGAAGCCAAGUCAUCACUAUCUCCUUCAUUUAUCAGAUUUUCUUUCUCGGUUUGGACCAGUUCCAGACUGGUGGGCGUUUGCAUUUGAGCGCCAUAAUGGAUUCAUACAACGGACAAAUACAAAUAACAAACGAGGUGAGGUUGAGCUGUCGUUUGAUCGGCGAAUGAGUCGUUUAUCAAACAUGGGCCAGCUGCUGCAAAGCUCCUCCCUACCCGCUCUCAAGUGGUUUGCUGAACACAAGAUUAAGCCUGGCGAUACCACACAUACUAUCAAAUCAGCAGCGAUUGGCCUUCCUGAGACCCCAAGCAACAUUCCCCUGGACGCAGUUGCUCUGAUUGCCCUUAAUGCGGCAAAGAUACAAUACUCCCUGUGCCAAACAUUCACAUGGUUUGAGAGGGAAGGUCUGAAAUUCGAGUGUUUGCAGCAAGAAUCAAAGGCCACACGGCACCUCAUCCACUACUCAGCAACCGAUAUUCACAGUAGGGAGAUACUUAAAUCAGCUGGAUAUAUAACCAAUAUUUUCCGCCUCAAGAGAGACAUGCAUGCUUCAUGGGAGCCAACUUUAUAUAUUUGUGUGACGCCAUAUAAGCCCGCCGAGAACCAACCCAGUUGGGGUGAGGAUGUGGAUGCUUACCUAUAUUCUUACGAGAAGCAACCAUCGAUUGUUUGCAACAUUAUGCAUGUCGAACUCAAGCCUGUAGUGUUUUAUCCAUGGAGCAAAGAUGUUCAGCUUAUCAUGCCAGUAUGA